AAAUAUAUUCUCGGUUGAAUCAAACCGUUGAAGGGAUUUGAAAGGAGAGGGAUUGACUCAUGAUGAUAUGGUAGUAGUGUUGGAGUCUAAGCCAAUAUGCUUGUCCUCAAAAGCUAUAAUGGCAUCUCCACUUUGUAACUAGCUCAGCUUCCUUGUUUUUCCUCACAAUUCCCAUGAAGGCCUCUACAGGUACAUCUCACCUUUGCCCUUCUCUAAAGUCUUUAUCUAGUAAAGUAGGUGGCAUGUUCUGCCAUUGUGGCUCUCCAAAUAAAUAUAAGAGGUUGGACACAAAGCUUGAGAGGAAGCUAGUUGAAGUCAAGAGAGGGUCACAAGGACAUGGUCAUUUUAAGACAAUCAACAGCAUAAUAUUGAAAUUUCCUCGGUAUAAAGAGGAAUUGAAAAAAAUAAGAAGCGUGUUUGAACAAUAUGAUGAAGAUUCUAAUGGGGCUAUUGACCGUGAGGAACUGAAAAAAUGCUUACACGAAUUGCAGCUCCUUCUGACAGAGGAGGAGAUUGAGGAUCUUUUUCAUUCUUGUGAUAUUGAUGGGAGUGAAGGGAUACAAUUCAAUGAAUUUAUUGUUCUCCUUUGCCUCAUAUAUCUCUUAAAGGACCAACCUUCACCCUCUCAAACUACAUCAAAGAUGGGUUCACCAGAGCUUGAAGCAACUUUUGAUACUAUAAUUGAAGUGUUUUUAUUUCUGGAUAGCAAUGGUGAUGGAAAACUGAAUAAGAAAGACAUGGUCAAGGCCUUAAAUGACUCUUCUACUUCAGAGAGAUCACCUGCACACAUCACCAGGAGUCGAUUCAGAGAAAUGGAUUGGGACAGGAAUGGGAAUGUUAGUUUCAGGGAGUUUCUAUUUGCUUUCAUUCAUUGGGUUGGACUUGACACUGAUGAAGAAGUUACUCUAACAGGAAGUUUCCAUGAGUAGUCUACGAAUAGUAUAUUAGUAUUAAGUGGAAUAAAUGUUAAAAAAAAAAAGGUUAAUACUUGCUUAUAUUUAUCACUAACAUCUCAAAUAUGUUAAUGAGAAGUUAGUUCUAAAUCGCUUUGUGAUAAACAGUGACAUUUGAGUAUCUUAAUGUAAUAUUCUUCUGCAAA